UUGGCUCUUGCAGGCUGUGAUUCAGGCUUUGGGCAGGCGACGGCACAGCACUUGGAUGCCAUGGGCUUUCGAGUGUUUGCCAGCGUGCUGGACCCACAGGGUCCCGGCGCCCAGGAGCUGCGCAGGAGCUGCUCAUCGAGGCUGACGCUGCUGCAGAUGGACCUGACGAAGCCGGAGGACAUCCAGCGCGUCCUGCAGCAUGUCCAGGCCCACACCAACAGCACGGGGCUCUGGGGCCUGGUGAACAAUGCCGGCUUCAAUGACACCAUCGCUGAUGCCGAGCUCUCGCCGCUGGGCAAGUUUCGCACCUGCAUGGAGGUGAACUUCUUCGGCUCGCUGGAGCUCACCAAGGGGCUGCUGCCCCUGCUCCGCUCCACCGGCUAGCCCCGCGGCUGCCUGAGAGCCCGCUUACUCACCCUUUCGCUCCUGCAAGGUGACCUGCCCUUCCCCUGCCUGGCAGCCUAUGGGGCCUCGAAGGCAGCCCUCAGCCUGCUCAUGGACACCUUCCGCAGCGAGCUCCAGCCCUGGGGCAUCAAAGUCAGCCUCAUCCUGCCUGGCUACUACAAAACAGGCUACUACGAACCACCAUGGUGCUCCCACCACGCUUUGCCAUGGCAGAUCUCUGCCAGGGUUUCACUGCUGCAGGCCUACGGCGAGGACUACGUGGAGGAGAUCAACCGCCAGUUCAUCCAGUUCAUGAAGGUGGCGGUGGAGGACCUCAGCGCGGUGGUGAACAGCAUCACAGACGGGCUCCUGGCUGCCAACCCAGCCGUGCGCUACUACCCAGGGCAGGGCCUUGGGCUUAUGUAUUUCAUACACCGCUACCUGCCCUAUUUUGUCCGAGACUUGUUCUUGAAAGGAUUCUUCAUCAAACCGAAGCUGCCCCGAGCACUGCGGCAAGAGCACCACAACAUGAAGGCAGCCUGA